UUGACGCUCUGAAAAAUGCGUCUCGUGGCGAAGUACGUAAAUGAGUAGACGAUAGCGAACACUAGAUCAGUCACUGACUGAAAUGUCCCAGUGGAAAGUCCUCGUACUGGAUCCGACGAGUAAGAAGCUUGUAUACAAUGCUGUGAGAGAGGAUGAUAUUCUGAAUCUUCAGAUUACUAACAUUGAGCUCAUUGAUGAAAAGAGGCCAAUGAACAAAGACAUGGAUGCCAUAUACAUCUUGACACCCGAAAGCUGGAUAGUGGAUUGUAUGAUGGCGGAUUUUGAAAGACACAGGUAUCGUAGUGCACACUUAAUAUGGACCUCUCUUCCACCACCCGCUCUUCGAGAACGCAUUGAUAGAUCUAGUACAGCCAGGGAACAGAUCAGGGUUUUUAAGGUCCUGGACGCGGAUUAUUUCCCACGGGAAUCUCACCUUGUCACCUUCCGCGACCCGUGGAGUUUUCCAAUACUCUUCCACCCGGCAUGUAACAACCUCGUUCGGGAGCAUUUAGAAAAAGCCGCCAGUCAGAUUGUAGCAGUAUGCGUAUCCCUGGGAGAAUAUCCAACGAUUCGCUACUACCGCCCCCGUACCGCAUCUCAUGAAGCAGGAGUAUUGUGUACUCAUCUCGCACGUAUGGUACAAGAGCAAAUAGAUAUGUACGCGCAGUACCACCCAGACUUCCCUCCGCAAUCAAACCGACCACGAGGAGCUUUGUUCAUAACCGAUCGCUCGAUGGAUCUUGUCGCGCCCUUUUUGCACGAGUUCACCUACCAGGCAAUGGCCCAUGACCUGCUCCAAAUUAAGGACGGGGACAAAGUAUCCUACAAGACGCUGAUCAACGAAGGACAACGUGAUGAGCAAGAGAAGGAGCAUGAUAUAGUGGAGUCCGACCGGAUAUGGGUAGAAAAUAGGCAUAGACACAUGAAGGACACCAUCGAGAAGCUUAUGGGGGAUUUUCAGAAGUUCAUGGAUGAGAAUCCACAAUUCACAAACAAAGACGGUGGGAACGCCACCUCGCUCAAUGCUAUCAAGGACAUGUUGGCUGGUUUACCGGAAUUUCAGUCUAUGAAAGAAGCAUAUUCACUGCAUUUGAGUAUGGCCCAAGAAUGCAUGAGCCUCUUUCAAAAGCAGAAACUGCCUGAUCUCGCGUCCGUGGAACAGUCACUCGCAACAGGUCUUGACGAAGACUAUCGAAAGCCGAAAAAUCUCGCGGAUCAGGUGGUCCGCACUCUCGAUGAAGAAAGCAUCAAGCACCCUGACCGUCUGCGCCUCAUCGCUCUGUAUCUACUAUACAAGGACGGCCUUCUCCCAGCCGAUCUCAUGAAGCUCUUGGCCCACGCGCAGCUGCCCCCACAGGACGGCGAGGUCUUACAUAGCCUCGAGCUACUAGGAGCUCGAGUAUCAAGGCCGCUAAAGGACACGAAGAGUGCCCCCAUUCCCCUGUUCCCGCGUAAACCCAACGGAGCAAACAAUCCCAAUCAAGAAGAAUAUGCACUCUCUCGGUUCACGCCUGCUCUCAAAUAUCUCCUUGAAGAUCACGUUCGUGGUGGACUUGAUCAGUUAACAUUCCCCUUCACUAAACCACAAGUAGAUGCGGCAGAAACGGCUGCGCUUGCCCAAGAGUCUGCCCAAGCUGCAUCAUCACUUCGAUCCGCAAAACCUACUUGGGCCAAGUCCAGACUAUCCUCUGUCGAACCCAGGCAACGCAUUAUUGUCUUUGUUGCAGGGGGUGCUACGUAUUCGGAAUCGCGCGCGUGUUACGAAGUGUCGCGGGCUACUUCGCGGGACGUCUUUUUAGUGACUUCCCACAUGCUAACACCGGGUCUCUUUAUGCGCCAGCUUGGGGAUCUUGGUGUUGACAAACGUCGGCUUGGUAUACCAGCGGAGCAACCGAAGCGCAAGGCGCCAGCGCAUCUUUUUGAACCGGAAGCACAAGCUAAACCUAUCGUAUCAGCUGGGGCGCAGCGUCCUGGUGGUCUUCCGAGCGGACCAGCGCCCCCGACUGCUGCCAUGGGUAAAAUCUCGCUCAGUGCCGGGGCUCCCCAAGGACGUUCUGCAGCAAAUGGUACGCCGUCUGCUGCUCUAGCUGCUGCCCAGCAAGCAUCCAGCGGAAAGAUUUCUGGGAAGGAGAAGGAUCCAGACAAGAAGAAGAGACAUCACUUCUUUGGCUCCAGAAAGUGAAAGAUCGCCUAUAAACUACUUAUUUCCGCCAUAUAUUCAGCAUUGUAUCGGAGCGCACGGAGUCUUGGAGCAUAAAUACUCGGUACAAUCAGAAGGCGUUCAGUAAUCUGCCAUAACGGCGAAUG